AUGGGCUUACAACCCUUCAAAUCCAUCCUCUACACCACCUCCCCCGACGGCAAGGUCGCAUACAUCACCCUCAACCGUCCAGCCCACCUCAACGCCAUCGACGCGCAUCUGCCCCAUGAACUCCGCGCCGCAACACGGCUCGCAAACCAAGAUGACCGCGUACACUGCAUCGUCGUCAAGGGCAGCGGCGCCGGGUUCUGCGGCGGCUACGACCUAGCCCUCUACGCCGAAACCGCGACACGCGGGCAAACGAGUGGCAGCCAAGACGUCAGCAAGGGCUACGACCCCCUUGAGGACUAUCAGUCCAUGAGAGAGUAUACGGAGUGCUACGCGGCGCUCUUCCACAGCCACAAGCCGACCAUCGCGCAGGUGCACGGGGCCGCCGUCGCGGGGGGCAGCGACAUUGCGCUCUCCUGUGAUCUGGUGGUUAUGGCGGAUGACGCGCGCAUCGGGUACCCUCCAUCCCGGGUCUGGGGGUGUCCGACGACGGCGAUGUGGACGUACCGCGUGGGCGCGGAGAAGGCGAAGCGGAUGCUGUUCACGGGAGAUCUGGUGAGUGGGCGGGAGGCCGCGGCGAUGGGGCUGGUGUUGCAGUCUGUUCCGGCGGAGGAGCUGGAGUCGGCGGUUGCGUUGUUAACGGAUCGGAUCAAGAGUGUUCCUGUGAAUCAGCUGUGGAUGCAGAAGCAGGUUGUCAACAGUGUCAUUGAGGGGUCGGUCGCGGCGAGCCAGCGGCUUGCGACGGUGUUUGAUGGGCUGACGAGGAAUUCGCCCGAGGGGGUUGGGUUUCAGCAGCUUGCCACUCGGCGGGGGUUCAAGGAUGCGGUUCGUGCGAGGGAUGAGCCUGGGAGGACGGAGGAGUAUAGGAAGAGGUGGAAGAGCUCGCUUUAG